AUGCGAGAGGGGGGUGAUCCUGCCAUAGCGGGGGCCGCCGUGCCCGCCGGCUGCGGGCCCUGCGCGCUGCCCGUGUUUAACGCGGAACCGAACCGGGCCACCUCCGCGCCGGCGGGCAGGGGGUCACGCUCGCCCAGCGCGGCGCCGCCCCGAGGGGGGGGCACGGGGAAUUCAUUAAAAAAUCGCUAUUUACGUGGUUAUUCAUUGCCCCGCUCCGGCGCCAUGCCGGCAGCCUGCACCCUGCUGCUGCUGCUGGGCUUGGGGCUGGUCCCGGUCCCGCCGGCCGGCCCGCUGCCCCUCGCCUCCCCGCGGCGUCUUCCUCCACCUCCCCCUCCUCCUCCUCCGUCCCGAAACCGUCUCGGCCGCCCUUCCUCGCUUCCCGCCGGCAGCCCGGUCAUUGAAAGCAGCCAUCAGGAGAGACGCUCAAGCACAGAGAUGAGGACUGCUGGUGCUCCUGUGGAGCUGGUGACGAUGCUGGCUGGGAGCAGGGAGUGGGCAUCACUGCCUGCCAGGCACCGGGCAGUGCCAGCAGCAAGCAGGGUCACAGGGCACACUGUGCCCCCUGCCAGUGAUGGGGAUGUCACCCCUCCAGCAGCAGGAUCCUCAGAGAACCCAUCUGCUGGCACAGUGACCCACCUGCUCACCCACAGCCAUCCCCCUGACCCUGGAAGCCAUCACCACGCUGCAGACAGCCCAGGGAGAGGCAGGAGGGCUCCCAGCACCCCUGCAGCUGCUGAGGGGACACCACCAGGCUCAGAAGCCAUCAGCACCAAUUUGGCUGAGGGGACACAGGGAGGGCACCAUGGGCUCUGGAACGUGUCAGCGUUUAACACCAUGAGGACAGUGCUGCUCCCUUCAUCUCCAGAAUCUCAUCACCCAGGCACUGACAGCCUCUCCCAAUCCAUGAGCAGCUGGGUGGGCACAGAGCUGGGCACUGCAGCUGCUUCACCCAGCCCCAGCUCUGCCCUCCCUGGCUCCCUGGGACAGCCCCAGGCCUCCUCCCAAGCUUCAAGCACCCAGACUGGUGCAGAGCACAUCAUGCUACACCCCAGGGGUGUCACGGGGAGCUUGACCAGCCCUUUGCUGACUGCAUCACCUCCCAUGGACAGCACCGUCAGAGGCGUUGGAAGCAGCCACCAGCCGUCCAACAGCUCAGCCACGGAGAGGUUCAGUUCGGAUUUCACCAGCACCAGCACCUCCAUUUCCACAACCUCUGCCAAGGCUGGAGGGAGGACAUUGAGGUCUCUGCCAGCCAGCACCAGGCUGGUCACCAUGGCAGAGAUUUCCACCUCUGGGACUGAACUCAGCAGCUCCUCAGCCCAGAGCCAGACCCCUGGGGUGUCUCUGGGUGCCCAGGGUGAUGGAGGCAGAGGUGUCACAGACCCAUUGCUCUCAGGCUUGCCAUCCAUUUCAGGAAGUGCUUCCACAACUUCUGGCAGCAGUUAUGAACCCCCCAGGAGCAUCCCAAGUGCGGAAGAGACAACAGAGCACUUGGACAUCCAGGCUGCCGACAUGUCCAGCAUGGCAGUGGGGACACUGAUGUCCCCAGAAAAUGGCCACACAGCAGAGGUGACAAGGCACUCUGCCACCAGCAGCAGCCCCACAAGCUCUUUGGGCGGGACCUCCUCUUCCUUGAGGACUGGGACACAUCAUCUCAACAGCACAUGGGAAGCCACUGAUCUCCCAGGCCCUCCUUUGCUCACAAGCUCCCUCUCUGCCUCUGAAGGUCCUUUCCCAGGUGUCAGAGGCAGCCACAGACCAGUGGCAGAGAAAACCUCCCUCACUUCCUCUGCCACCAGCACUCCCAUUUCAGCCACAUCCAGCAGUGGGGGGAGGCCCCCCAGGUCAGCCUCGGCCAGCAGCCCCUGGGCAGCAGCCAAGGGCUCCACGUCCAGCAGUGCCAUGUACAGAACCUUGGGAACAACCCAGUCCUUGUCCACAUCUUCUGGGAGAGAGACCUCCAGGGCUCAGGGGUCCACAGGAAUGACAGAUUUCACUGAAGUGGCAGACCCUCCCCUAACACGCUCUGGCUCUCCUUUGGAGGGUCCUUCCCCAGUUACUGGAAGCAGCCAUGUGUCAUUCAGCAUCCUGUCAACAGAGAGAAGAACCAAUUUCCCCACCACCAUCACCUCUGUUUACACAACAGGCACCAAGGGAGGAGGGAGGACAUUAAGGUCUCUGCCAGCCAGCACCACCCUGGCCCAAACAACAGAGGUUUCCACCACUGGUACUGAAAACAUCAGCUCUCCAGGCCAUUCCCAGUCUUCUUUGGGAACCCAGGGUGGUGGUGGCAGAGGUUCCACCCUGUCAUCUGUGAACCCACUGCUCACAGGCUCACCAUCUGCUCCAGAAAGCACCUCCCCAGACAAGAGCUCAGCAACAGGAAGACACCUGCCUCUCACCAGCACACCCGGUGUGGUGGGAACUGCCACCAGGGAGGAGAGCAGCACAGUGCCUGUGUUGGACACCCAUGGAGCUUCCAGCGCCACAGGGAACUCUGCUCCCUCUCCCCCCCACACCAGCACCCUGGACACAGUCCUGCUGUCCUCUCCAGCAGCACAGCCUGGGAAGCAGAGUCGUGUUCCACAGAGCGGGGCAGGACUCAGUGAGCUCCCAACAAAGCUGCUGCCUGCAUUUUCGGCCAGCGUUUCAGUGCCUUCACCUUCAGCCACACUCUUCAUCCACAAGGAAGGGACACCUCAAGCCCCAGGUAGCCACAGCACAUGGAGCACAAAAGCAGAAAGCCCCACAUCUCAGCUGGACACAGCUGGGGACACCCACACCGGCCCUGUCCCGUCCUCCACGGCAUGGCCUCCAGUGAGACAUGUGUCAUCUGGCCAAGCAGGGUCCCCAGAGCCCAAGGUCACCCUUUCAUCCAAGGCCUUCACCUACUUCUCUGCUGCUGCUGAACCUUCCACUAUUGGCAGCAGCCAUGGCUCCCUAAGCAGCUCAGGUGCUGAGAAGAGGAUGCCCAGCCCCAUCACCGAUCCCGUGUACAGUUCAUCCCCGUCUGCGGGUGCUGAGGAGAGGAUGCUGCUCUCAGUGACAGGUGGCACUCUGGCUGGUGGCAUGGAGAGCUCUUCUUUCCAUGCUGGAGCUCCCAGCUCUCCAGGGCCAUCUGAGCCAGCCCUGGUGGAGCAGGGCAGGACAGCCAACGCCUCCACCAGCAGCGGGGGCUUCACGGGCUUUGCGACGGAGACGGUGUUUGUGCGUUCUGCCAAGAUACCCACUUACUCUUCUUUCCAGAAUGAUCUCACAAACUUUUCAGGUAGCCACCAGCCAGUCAGUGGCAGUGAUGCUGAGAAAAGGACCUCGGUCUCUCACACAGACGGCACAUACAUUUCAACCACAUACACCAGAGGAGGAGAAAGGACCCUCCUGUCUAUCUCCAACAGCAGCACCUCUGCUGACUCCUCAGAAAGUUCCACCUUUUUUUCUGAAAUUUCCAGCCCUUUUGAUGCCUCACAAUCAUCUGUGGCUCAUGACAGGCAGACCAAUGCGUCAAACAGAAGCAGUUUUGUUGAACCAUCUACGGAGCCGUUGCUGGUGCACCCUUCCAAACCAUCGACAUCUGCUUCUACAGGCAGCAUAGAAAAUACAACUCUAUUCAACACUGCCUCUGAGUUGUUGACCACUGACAGAUCUUCUCUGUCUUCAUCAGCAUUUCCAGCCUCUUCCUCACUGUCAUCACUGCAGCACUUGCUGUCAUCAACACCACCACCAACUCAUCUGUUUACACGGUCAGAAUCACCUGAGCCACACUUGCCCUCUGUGAUGGCAUCUUCACCCCCUCUGCAGGCUUUGCCAUCCUCCUUGCCCACUUCCUCCUUGCCCUCCCCAUCUUACUCAUUGGCAUCUUUACUGUCUGUGUUUUCAUCCCCCUCAUCCAUCUCGCAGUCCAGUGAGAGAGAUCAAGCGAGUACCACUGUGGCUACGGUCAGGCAGGAGCCCUCCACAGCUGCCACAGCCAGGAGCUCACCCAGAGAGACCAACAAGCCCAGUGUCACACACCAGCCCCAAAAGAGCACCACCUUCACUCCCACCAGGUCACCUCUCCCUACGGAACCCAUGGAGCUGCUUGGUGGACGUGUCGUGUCCGUGUCCGCUCCCGUGACAGUAACAGAGACUGCCUCACCUAGAGAUGCCACCACCAAUGGGGACAGCUCUGGGAAGGCAACACCACUGCUCACCACAGCCAGUGUUGCUCCACAGGCUGGUCCAACAGAUGCACCCCUUAGUCCCUCAGCAAGUGCAGCAAAUCAGGGCAGCAUUGUCCCCACAGUGGCAGUGACCACGGUGAAGCCUCCUGUGCUGACAACGCCGUCCGGUCGCCGGCCCAGCCCAGGUGAGGCCAGCACCAUGCAGGACCACAGGGCCCAGACACCCACUGCCACUAAGCACAGUUACACCACUGGUAAAAGCACAGAAGCCAUGGCUCCCACCACUGCAAAGCCUGGUAAAGCCACUGAGGAAAACAUCCCUGUUACAAGUACCUCUGCAGCACCUCCAACCAUCAAAACCACUGGGAGCAUUGCAACGACUUUGGCCGCUGCCAAACCAACCACUGCUCCUCUGCCAAGCAGCACAGUCAGGCUGAGGACAUCACCUCCAGCCACAGAGGUGGAUAAAUGUCUUUCCAACCCUUGUCCUGCACUGGCCACCUGCAACAACACCCAUGGCUCCUAUAUCUGUCAGUGUCCUCUUGGAUAUGAGCUGGAAAAAGGAAAGUGCAAUUUAGUGAGAAUAUUUAUUGGCCAGGUUCCCCUGAAACUUAACAUCACCCACGGGAAGUACACAGAGCUCUUCCACGUGGAGAGGGAGAUCCUGGAGGUGCUCAAUGCAUCGCUGUCAGGCUUGCCAGGAUACCACCACUCCACAGUUAAGGCAAGCAGGGAGGCAAAUUUUGUGCACGUUUCAGUGCAAUCCACGUUCUCUUUAGCGUCCAACGUGACUUUCUUCGAUGUUAUCAGCAGUGUGAAAAGCUACAUUCGAGCUUGCAAAUCCCCCACUGAAGCCUGCCAGUUCAUAUCAAGCCUGAAAUCACUCCACAGAGCUGGCAGCUUGUGCAGACAGAAGGACCCUGAAUGUGACAAGGAAACUUCAGAAUGCACCGACUUUGAUGGGGUUGCUCUCUGCCAGUGCAAAAGUGGGUACUUCAAAUACAACAAGAUGGACCACUCCUGCAGAGCCUGUGAAGAUGGAUAUAAGCUGGAAAACGAGACCUGUGUGAGCUGCCCUUUUGGCUUGGGUGGAUUCAACUGUGGAAACCCCUAUCAGCUCAUCACGGUGGUGAUUGCAGCUGCAGGAGGGGGACUGCUGCUGAUCAUGGGCAUUGCACUGAUUGUCACCUGCUGCCGGAAGAAUAAAAAUGACAUAAGUAAACUGAUUUUCAAGAGUGGGGAUUUCCAGAUGUCACCUUAUGCUGAAUAUCCGAAGAAUCCCCGGGCACAGGAGUGGGGCAGAGAGACCAUCGAGAUGCAGGAGAAUGGAAGCACCAAGAACCUGUUGCAGAUGACAGAUGUGUAUUAUUCGCCAACUGGACUGAGAAAUCCUGAACUGGAAAGAAAUGGACUUUUUCCUCCCUACACUGGUUUGCCUGGAUCUCGACAUUCGUGCAUCUACCCUGGACAAUACAAUCCGUCCUUCAUUAGUGAUGAAACCAGAAGAAGAGACUACUUUUAGCAAAGAGUGGAGAGGGAGUGGAAGAUUGACACAGUCGUGUGGCCCUUAAUUCCCAGGUGCAAUCUGUCUCCUGGGUAGUUGAGGCCACAUCAAUCUUACUCUUCCCAUUUAAUAGGAAGGACUUUGAACUUCAUGCUGAGCAUUGCUGCCCUGAGGGACGGUCACAGUUGCUGAGCAUCAGAGAGGAGGAGGAGGAAGAGGAGGGAAUGGCUCAAGAAGCACAUCACUAAAAGACCCAGUGGGAAGCUAACACGUGUACUCCUUAUUCAUUCUUCACUCUUGGCGCUACACGGGCAAGCAUGGAUCAGUACAGGCAGAUGAACUGUGCCCAGCACUCUGUGUUGAAUACCACUAGGGAGUGUCUUGUUUACAGAUCUCGUUCACUGUUGACUGUGCUUGUCUUCCUAGCCAGCCUUCAUGCAGAGAUUCACUGUGCAAUUGCUUUUGGUCAGGCAAGUUUGUCCACUCCCUUUUAGAUCACUGCCUCGCUGUCGGUUUCGUGUAUGAUAGGGAAGCUGACUUGUGUUCACCUUCAUACAGGUAAAAGUUCUCCAGAUUUCUGGGUCCUUGCCAAAGCCAGGUGUCUGGCAAUAUUGGCUGAAUUCGUGGGUUGAUUGUCUCCAAGGAGUGUGGGAAGGUUAGUCACACCACUGCAAUUUUAACAGAAAAAAGGCACAGUUGUUCCUCUGUGCUGCUUUGAAAUCUUCUGUAUAUAGGGAAUGUUGUUGUUUUGUCAACCAAUAUUGUUCAGAAGUGAUGCCACCACAUGCCAUCGGGGUGCUUCCAUGUGGGAUCCUUUGGGGCUCUGUUUCCCUGCAAGGAUUUAAAUGCCUGUAGACACAGCAAUACAAUAUUAAGUAAUUACUCACAGGGAAGAAGAAGAUGAGCUGUGAAUUCAGAAUAUUUUUUACUAGGAAUCUGUGAAGGAGUAAUAAUGCUGUAGCCUUGGCUGGGCAGAGGAACCUGAAUUCUGGGCACUGAAGGUGGGAUAUGUUUUCAAACCUCCAGAGUCCACCUUGAAUUUGUAGGCACUGUGGAGACUUUCAGUGCAUUGGAAAAGAGGGCUUACUGCAGUCAGUUGCAUUUAAGGAAGAGAAAAACAUGAUGCUUGCAAUCCUGGCAUAGCAAAGAUCACUUAUGUUGAAGUGUUUUUCUUUCUUCCAUCCUAGUUUCGAGUGAUUCAGACCAGGCAAGUUUCCUCACCCGGGUGUAUUCGUUCUUAUUAGCAGAAGCUGAAGAAUUUAAGUUAUUGCAUUUCUCACCAAAGAUCAGGCUGAAAAUUAUGGACUGUAUUCUGACCUAAAGUGAGUUGUGGAAAGAGAUCUUACUAAUCACAGAACCUGGAAUGGGUUGGAAGGGAUCUUACAGAUAAUUUUUUUCCAGCUCCUCUACCAUAAGCAGGGACACCUUCCACUAGACCAGGUUUCUCAAAGCCCCAUCCAACCUGGCUUUGAACACUUGCAGGGAUUGGCAACUUCUCUGGGCAACCUGUUUCAGUGCCUCACCAUUCUCAUAGUGAAGAAUUUCUUUCUUGUAACUAAUCUAAACCUACUUUCUUUGCUUUAAAAUAAUUUUCCUAGUCCUAUCCCUACAUGCCUUUGUGAAAAGUCCCUCUCCAGCUUUCUUGUAGGCCUCCUUUAGUUACUGGAAGGUGCUCUAAGGUCUCCCUGGAGCCUACUCUUCUCCAGGCUGAACUGCCCCAACUUUCUCAGACUGUCUUCACAGGAGGGGUGCUCCAGCCUCUGACCACCUUUGUGGCCUCCUCUGGCCUCAUCUGUUCUGAUGGGAGCACUGAACACAGCACUGCAGGUGGGGUCUCAGGGGAGCAGAGUGGAGGGAGAGGAUCUGGUGCUGCCAAGGACACAAUUGGCUUUCUGGGCUGUGAGAGCACAUUGCUGGGUCAUUCUGAGCUUCUCACCAACCAACACCCCAAGUCCUCAGGGUUAGUUUCUAUUCUCCAAGAGCCUGCAUUUGUGCUGGGGACUGCCCCGGCUCACAUGCGGGAAAUAUAAUUAAAUAUCAUGAAGUAUAUUUACCACUUAUCUUUACUGCACUGUUAAUCUGAGUCAUCCAAAGCCUGUUUAGGUACAAGGUCCAGAUGCAGUUUCUCCUCUUGAAUGUGAAUGUGCUUUUAAUUCAAGGUGGCUGCUUGUACAAGGAUAAGAAAUAGCACAGUUCCAUUGCCACUAACUCACCACAUCUGUAGUGUGCACAUAAGCUGAUAUUCCCUUCUCCCCCACCAUGCUUUAAAAGACACAGUGCCCACAGCUAAGUUCAUUAGGUAGCUCAGCUGACUGAAGCACUGAGGAUCAUGGGGUGCAUCCCCCAAAGUGUCUAACCCUAAUUCAGAUGCUCAUGUGUUGUGUGGCUGCUCACUGGAGGCAAACCUGGGGUGAUGAGGAGCUCUCUAUCAGGAAGGGGGUACUUGCAUCCUACAGAUGGUGUGAGUUCCCAGAUCCUUUCCCAGCACUUCAGAGGCUGUUGUGUUCCCUACCAAAGGUCAGUAACUGGUAUCCAGAGGGAAGUGAGACAACAACAGGCAGUUAUAAGCUGUGUUGGCUUAGAGGUUUCUGGUCCCUGCUCACAGUUGUUUCUGUUUUCUCAAAACUUCAAGACAGGAAAGGUGCCCCAGAUGUGCCUGAGAAGGCACAGUUCAGUGCACCAGCCAUAGCACACAAACACACUGUCUCUUUUAUGCCUCAGCUCUUGUCUUCUGUGCAGAAGCAGCAGUGUGAGCUUGCAGAGAACCAGAGCUUUAUGGACACCUGGGGCAGUACCUUUUGCACUUGCAUGAACUUUUGGUGACAAUGCAUGCAGCUUCACACCUGUCUGAUCCACAAUCAGCCUUGCAGCUGGUAGUGCACAGCUGAUCUCAGCUGUAGGGGGAAAGGAAUGGAUGCUCAUGGGAAGUACAGCUACCUAAGGAACUGUAUUUAAGGAAAGCUCUACUUACAGUGUCCAAAAUAUUACAACAGGUAAAGCAUAAGAAUUAGCUGUUCAUUGCCAUGCUCAUCGGAGUUUUCAUCCAGGACAGAAAGGACUGCCUUUCACCUGGUAUGGAGCAGAGCUGUGUUUUUGUUACAAAAGAAAAGAAGAUGCAAUUCAUGCAAAAUCUAAAUCCAAAGCCUAUAGACAAGCACUGGACUUUGUCCCUUUUCAGCAAAGUAGCUUGUGAUAAGAUGUCCCAGUAAUGCUGAGAACCCCAUGAUUUUCCCAUGUGCCAGCAUUUCCUCAGAUGGGGGAGCAUUUAGGCCUAUACUUAUAGGCAAAAAUGUUUAACUGCUUGGUUAGUUCAAAGACUGGGAUAUGAACUUCUGUGUGUCAGGUACAAGGGCAAAGUAUGGCACACCAACUCACAAUUCCAGUCCUUCUGCACAAAGAGUAUAUGAACAAAACUUCUGGUCUGUGUCUCCCAGCACAUGGCAAAUUGCAAGGGAUUUGAGUGGAAUUGAGAUAGGACUAUUUCUAAAGAGAGCACACAAAAGUUUGCAAGUAAUAAUUUUAAUACCUUAAUGGUCUUCAAAUUCUUGCUGAAUUGUAUCUGGAGAGAAAGAGUCUCAGUAAAUCCAGCAGGAUUUUCUGAGUGAGGACUGCAAAACUUGGAAUUUUCUGAAAGAGUGUUAUUGCACUGAAAUUUUCUCUCUGACAGUGGAGGUAAACAUUAGAACAUUUCUUAUGAGGGUUUAUCCAUUGCAGCCUGACCUUCUGUGUAGCUUGGAUAAGGAAGGAGUCUCAGAGCCAAGGCAUAGCCCACAGAAGGAGGGGGAAAAGGGUCUCUCUUGGCUUGCCACACCUUCUCUGGGUGUUUUAGGAGGCCCUGCCCAGCAGGCAAGAGAGGGGUUCAGGCAGGAGGAGUCAGCACCCAGAUGAGUGCAGGUGCUUUCCCUGAGUGUUCCAGGAAGCUUUUGGGAAGGUGACAGAGGCAGCCUGGGGUGAUCCACCAGCCCAGCUGCAACCUGUGCUGCAGUGCUCCUGUCUCCAGCCAGGCACCGCCCACUCCCAGCUCCCCUGGGACA